UGCUGACGUUACUUCGCAGUGGGCGGUAGGGGCCGCAGCCGCCGCAGUGACCGACCGCACGGCGCGUUGGCAGCUGAUUUUCAGCAGCGGCGGCCGCCUGUGGCUGUUGCGCUAUGUGAGCUGCUUCAUUAGAGCACGCCGAAGCUGCAGGAAUGUUUCCCAACGUCGGCAAAAUCGACGACAAGGGCCCCGGAGGCCCCAGUGACGACGCGCCGUGGUGGCUACGGUACUUGGGCAGGUUCGUAGGAACUGUCAGUGCGCUCGUUGCCAUUGGUCUCGGCGCGCAGUUGGCGGUGCUCUCUGCCAUCACCAUAUCAUCGGCAUGCCUUUUGGCCGCUAUUCUGCAAAUGAUUGUUGGCAUGAUGGUGGCCCUGAUUGAGGCACCAUGUUUCUGUGCUUUUCUCGAGUUCGCCCAGGCUCCAGGGAACUUCUUUGACCGCAAACCAUACUGGUACAAGGCGCUUCUGUACGGGGUGGGUGGUGUGCUACCUGUGGCACUGUGCGGUGGCGUGACUACUUUCUUUGGUGGUGGCUUGGUAUUUGUGGCUGGAUGCAUUUAUGGAAUCAUGGCCAUGGGUCGCAAAGCCAGUGCCGACGAAAUGAGAGCUCGUGCCACAAGUACCGCCAACCUGGUUCCGUCCAGUGGAGACGUGGAAGCACCAUCGGGGGACAAGUUUACACCCAGCUAAAGGCAGCUUAAAACAAGAUUCAGCCAUCAUUCUGUUGAGGUCUGGAAGCUGUCCGUAUUUUUGCUGCGAACUCCUUCACGUUCUUAUUGUCUGUAGCUUGUUUAGGCAGCAUGAUAAUCUGACAGAUCAUUCCAGUUCAGUGGAACAAAUCUGCCGCACACCAUUCUGAAUAUGUACAAUGUUGCAAAGGUGUUUGAACAACUUUGAUUGGCGUUGUCCAGUUGGACGAGGGAGGGUGUGGGAUGUGCAGGACAGUAACUUUGUGUCACUUGUUCUUUAUGUCUACUAUGUUGCCUAAGGCUUUUGUGUCAGCUAAUCACUUCCUCUUGGUGUAGUUGCACAAAUGUUUAGGCAUAUCAGUACAUUCUUGCUAUUUUAUUUUUUUAAGGUGUUAAAGGAGGCCCUCUGCUCAAGUCGAAGUAUGCGUGCAGGUAUUUUACAUGUCUGGGUGUUUUCUCGCUGAGCACUAUUUCUCCGUUAUAUGCAUAAUCUUUUUGUUAAUAUUUGUUGUGUUGCUGCACUUUUACCUUCUUUUAUUCGUUUGUGACGCCCGUUUUCAGAACUUGUUGCGAAGUGCUGCUCAAGGUAUUUAAAAGCAGCUAUGUACCAUGUUUUUGUCAACCUGAAUUACUGCCACUGGGCAUCUGUAAUAGCCUUCUGCCUCGGCAGAAGUGUCUUGUUGGUGUAAAUCGUCCCAUUCAUCCUGGAACAUUUUUUUUAAUAUAUUUAUAGACUGUGUGUGUGGGUGUGUGAAAACGCAGUAUAGUAGUCAUUGGGGUUAAGCAGCUUGAUCUAGCCGAAGCAAGCCAGUGUUUUAUGCCAUGUUUGGAUUUAGCCACAACAUAUAAUCUGUGCAAAUGGCACCAGUUCAUAGCAUACACACGCAAGAUAGGUUAUUGUAAAGGUGCAGCAUGUGUUGUAACUUGUGUAUGAGAUCAAGUUUGUAGCAACCCCAACCAAAGUAUACUGCUCCACUUACAUCUGUUCUCUGAAUGUGCUAUGUAUUCAUUGUGUGGUGAAUAAAAUGUGCCUAAAAUGUG